AUGAGUUUAUCGAUUAGAUACGUUGAUUUAAAAUCAUGCUUGAUAAAAGAAAAUUUUAUUUGCUUUGUUCCGGUUUAUGACUGUACUGGUGAAAAUUUAGCAAAUACAAUCGUCCAAAAAUUAAAAAAAAAUCGGUUUAAGUUUAAAUUUUUAAGAGGUCAGGGAUAUGAUGGUGGAGCAAAUAUAUCUCUUAAAUACCGCGGAGUUCGAGCUAGAAUCUUAAAUUGGCAACCAAAGGCAACAUACACUCAUUGUGCAUCGCACCGCCUAAAUUUAAGGUUUUUAGUUCGGGAUACAGAAAAAAAAUGA